CUUUCAAAGCAAAGCAUCAACAACAUUACAAGUUAGACGAGACGAGUUACAUUAAAACAAUAUUUAUUGUUAAAUACAAAUAGGACUACCAGUGCAUUUCAAGUCAGUCUCUUCAAAAUGUCUGGAGAAGUAGUAGUAGAUGCGUUACCGUACAUUGACCAGGGUUAUGAUGACCCAGGAGUCCGAGAAGCUGCUCUGGCUAUGGUGGAGGAGGAAUGCCGGCGCUACCGACCGACGAAGAAUUACCUGGAACAUGCUGGUCCUGAGUUAAGCACUGCCUUCGAAACACCAGCGCUGCAGAGAGAAAUGGAGAGGGUGCAACAGAGACUACCUAUGGAACCCUUAUCUAUGAAAAGGUAUGAGCUCCCACCACCACCAGCUGGGCGCCUCAGUGAACCAACAGCCUGGUCAGAGUCUGUAGACAACUCCCAUGCACAGCUGUCCCACCAGGCUAUCAGAGUGCUGAACUUGGAGCUGCAGCUACAGUAUGGCACAGAGGCCUGGAGGUCAUAUCUCAAUACAUUGCAGAACUUAGUCACCAGGUCACAAAAUGUACAUAGCCAGUUAAGGAAACAGAUAGCAUCAGUGAACUGGGAACGAAAACGCUCCCAGACCGCCAGUGGCGCGCGGCUGCGGGCUCUGAGGCGGCGGUGGGCGCAGCUCGUGUCUGACAACUACCGGUUGGAGCGUGCCAUUAUGCAGCUUGAAAUACAGCUGCAAAAGGCCAGAGGAGAAGCACCGUCUGAUGAUAACGAGCCAGCAGAUUUGGAAGCCGUCAAAAACCUGCCUGACAAACUUAACUCGGAAACAGAAAAAGAAGUACAAAAGAAAAUUGAAGAUAUGUUUGCUGAUUAGUAUAAUUUUAUAUGAAAAGUUAAGACUUAUGUAAUGGUGUUCAUUAUUUGAAUGAUUUUGUAUGUAAGCGAUAAUUUUCGGAGUAUGACUAUUUAUGUUAAAUAAAGCAUAACUGUAAAUAUCUGAAGUCAA